GACUAUAACAUCCAAAAGGAGUCAACCCUCCACUUGGUUCUUCGCCUUCGUGGUGGCAUGCAAAUCUUUGUGAAAACUCUUACUGGGAAAACCAUCACUCUGGAGGUUGAAAGUUCUGAUACCAUCGACAAUGUCAAAGCCAAGAUUCAAGACAAGGAGGGUAUUCCCCCAGACCAGCAGAGGCUCAUCUUUGCUGGUAAACAGCUAGAGGAUGGAAGGACCCUUGCUGACUACAACAUCCAAAAGGAGUCAACUCUCCACUUGGUUCUCCGCCUUCGUGGUGGCAUGCAAAUCUUUGUGAAGACUCUUACGGGAAAAACCAUAACUCUGGAGGUUGAAAGUUCUGAUACCAUCGAUAAUGUCAAAGCCAAGAUCCAAGACAAGGAGGGAAUUCCCCCAGACCAGCAGAGGCUCAUCUUUGCUGGUAAACAGCUAGAGGAUGGAAGGACCCUUGCUGACUACAAUAUCCAAAAGGAGUCAACCCUCCACUUGGUGCUUCGUCUUCGUGGUGGCAUGCAAAUUUUUGUGAAGACUCUUACUGGAAAAACCAUUACCCUGGAGGUGGAAAGUUCUGAUACCAUCGAUAAUGUGAAAGCAAAGAUCCAGGACAAAGAAGGUAUUCCCCCAGACCAGCAGAGGCUUAUCUUUGCAGGCAAGCAGCUUGAGGAUGGGAGGACCCUCGCUGACUACAAUAUUCAGAAGGAGUCAACACUUCACUUGGUCCUUCGUCUCCGUGGUGGGAUGCAAAUUUUUGUUAAGACCUUGACAGGAAAGACCAUCACUUUGGAGGUGGAAAGUUCAGACACCAUUGAUAAUGUGAAGGCAAAGAUUCAAGACAAAGAAGGAAUUCCACCAGACCAGCAGAGGCUGAUCUUUGCAGGCAAGCAGCUUGAAGAUGGGAGGACCUUGGCAGAUUAUAACAUUCAGAAGGAGUCAACCUUGCACCUCGUCCUUCGCCUUCGUGGUGGUUACUGAACAUGAUGGUUUGUGUUGUUUGAGUUGGUUGUCCCUUGUCAUUGAAGUGUUUCUCUUCUCUGUCUGUGUACUUAUUGGGUAAUGGCCAAUAGGUGUAUGCUACAAUAAAUGUUUGAAACUGUCAUUUUAAGUUUGUUUUUCAUGUUUGGUUAUUAGAUACUGGAUUGCUAUCUUUUAAUAAAUAUAUUCUACAUACAUAU